AAGUGAAGUUAGUUGAAAACGUGUGCUUUUGAGAAUUCAAAACAUUAAAACGCAGUGAGAAAAAUAUAACAUGUAAAUUUAUAAAAUAAUAAAAUAAUUAAUUAAAAUAAAAUGUCAUUUACUUCAAGAGUUGUUUUAUAUGGUAGCUGUCUAACGACCAUUGGUAUUGUUGGAUUCGUUCAUUACAAACAACACGAUGAUAGGCAACAACUUCACUUGGGUGUAGUUCGAGAUAUCGAAAGACAGGAACGUCGAAAGGCGGAAAAUUUGUAUUUAUUAGAACAGCAAAAAGAACUUACUAAAAAAAUGAAACGUGAUGAAAUUAUAGAGCAAUCUGCUGCUGGAUAGUUUUAUUAUUUAUGUAAAUAAUUUUUAAAUUGUACUGCAUUAUCAAAUUAUUGUUUUGUAAAACUGUAUGUAAUAUAAAUGAUCUUUUGAUGAAAAUUCAACAGCAAACUUGUUAAAUAUUUCAGUAAAAUUAUUUAUUCAAA